AUGGGCAUGGAACUGGAUGAGGCAGUGGAACCACAUACAUCCUGUGCGUUAUCCUCGAGGCCUCUCCGCUCGCCGAAGGCCCCGCCGCACCGCCACAAAAUUCGAUCAAUCAAAACGGGAGCGCGUUCGCCGCGAGACAGCUUCCAGUUGGAUUACUCAAUCGACUUCUUCAAGACGUAUAUCGAUACGCAGCGUUUCUACGCCGGCCACAAGUUGGAUUUCAAACAUCAGAGUUGCGCCGGCGGCCCUGGUUCCGGUGGUGCUGGUGGUCCUGGUCCUGGUGGUGGUGGUGGCGCCGCCGGAGGAGUCGUCGUCGGCGGCAGCAGCAACAGCAACAAUCCAGCAGCGGCGCAACAGCAGCAGCAACAACAGCAGCAGCAGCAGCAACAGCAACAGCAGCAGCAGCAGCAACAGCAGCAGUCCGGCGGCAAUAAUCCUAGCAACGGCAGCAACUCCGCCGCCGCCUUGUCCCUCGCCCAUCCGCACGCCCACGCCAGCCACGCCCACAGCAGCCACGCCCACGGCAGUCACGCCCACGCCCUAGCGAUAGCCCACGGUCAUCACGGUCUGCUGCCGUCGGUGGUCCCGCAGCAGCAGCAACAACAACAGCAGCAGGCGCAACAGUUGCCGCCGGGUGUUGGAGUUGCCAGUCCGCUGCAGCAGCAGCAACAGCAGCAGCAGCAACAGCAACAGCAGCAGCAGCAGCAACAGCAGCUGAUCAACAACGGAGGCGUCUCCGCCGGCACGCCCACGCUGCUCAUCGGCAACGGACCCAGCUCGUCCGGAGCGGGAACAGGAUCGGUCUCGGCCGCAGCAGCAGCAGCGGCAGCCGCCGCCGCAGCAGCCUCCUCCUCCUCCUCGUCGCUCCCGCACGUGGCGCCGCACAGCCUGGGCCUGAGUCCGCAGUCGAGCGCCGACUCGCAGCAGUUCAACAUCUUUCCGGCGAUCUUCAGCCGCCAGCUGAACUUCUCGGCCGGCGGGCAGGGCGGCAAGCUAAGCAUGGACGAGCUGCGUCCGAAUCUGGUCGGCGGACUGCUGGGUCUGCAGCAGGGCCUGCUGGAGGAUCACGCGAGCAUGCAGCACGGCGGCGUGGGGCAGGACACCAAGUUCAUGUCGUUCCAGGACCAGCGGCUAAUGGGCAUCGGCGGCUCGCACGAGAACCGUCUGCUCAGCCUGGCCAGCUCCGUGCAGGAUACGCGCUCGCCCAUUACCACGCUGGAGAAGUCGUCAUCCUCCUCGCUCAACCACCAACGCAAGUGCAGCAGCACGCCGGAGGACUUCAGCGCCCUCUACUCCGGCCUGCCCACUCCCGGCAUGGACUCGUCCUCGCACCACCAUACGCCGGCCCACACGCCGCCGUCGCGCCUCUCCGAUCACACCAUCUCGGCGGAAGGCGCCUUCAAGAAGCUCAAGCCGGAACCCAACAGCGGCCUGUCGACGGUUUCCUCCGGCAUCACCUCGCCCGGAAGCGGAUUAUCAUCGCUCAGCCAGCACGCCGGCCACACCCCAACCACAGCGUCCUGCCCCACGCCCGCCCGUCGGAGACACCGCACCACAUUCACACAGGAACAAUUAGCGGAACUGGAAGCGGCGUUCGCCAAAUCGCAUUAUCCGGAUAUUUACUGCCGCGAGGAGCUGGCGCGAACCACCAAGCUGAACGAGGCGCGGAUUCAAGUCUGGUUUCAGAACCGGCGGGCCAAGUACCGCAAGCAGGAGAAGCAGCUGCAGAAGGCGCUGGCACCGUCUGUGAUCCCAUCCUGCAACGGGAUGAUGCGCAACAUCCAGGGCUACAGCGUCUCGCGCGGCUAUCAGCCGUAUCCGCACCACAACACCAUGAAUCGCUAUCCCCAGGACCUGUUCCAAAUGGGCGCCUCCUCGUAUCCGGGCAUGACGCAGCCGUUCUCCAUGGCGCACAGCACGAACAUGGGCUCCGUCGGGGUGCGUCAGGACUCGAUGGGCAUGUCGCCGGAGGACGAGUGGUACAACAAGAGCCUGUCCGCCCUGCGGAUGAACUCGUCGCAUCAUCCCAACCUGUCCGCCCCCAUGCUGCAGUACCAGACAUAAUCAAAGACCUUUGACGACUUCUUUUAAAAGAUCGCGCCCUAAUGGUCCUUUGGGGCGCGGUGUUUUAGGAUGGAGUGCGUCAAUCGAUGUCCAGCAGCAGCCACACAUCUCUCUGUCUAUAUCUAUGCAUAUAUAUAUAUAUCGCUGUAUAUACAUAUGUACAUAGUAUAUAUACCAGUCAUUAGUCUACAGCCCAUCCUGGAUGCACCAUCGGAUCGGAUCGGAUCGGAUCAGGAUCAGGAUCGCAAUCAGGAUCGGAUCGGAUCGGGAUAAGGAUCGGAAUGAAUGAAUGGAGGAGCGCCAUCGUUCAGCUCUGGGCGGGAUUUACUCAUAAGACUUGUUGAUAUUAUUCUGUUUUUUCUUUUUUUUUUUUUUGGACAACCAGAUCCAAAUCGAAUAAUGGGGUAAAGGUAAUGGUAGGGAUACAUAUGGGUGGUACAUAGAGCCAGAGUCGGAGGUAAACAAAUGCGAGCGGAAGUGGAUUAUGUAAUAGGCAACUAGUCAUAGUAUCUAAGCAAAUUGUGUAUUGAGAUUUUAUCGUGGCAUUAUAAAAAGUAAAGAACGCGCGCAUCAGGCGCAUAUAUAAAUUUAAAUAAAUAUACUAAAAUAUGUACUAGCGAUAGCAUAAGUCAGGUUGCUUGGCCCCUCCCCCCUCCCCUGGCAAGACGUGGAAAUCGUGGCAAGUGGAGCCCAGUCUGAUCUGAUCCGAUCCGGUCUGGUUGGAUCUCUACUCCUAGCUUCUAGCUCCCAGCUCCCAGCUCCCAGCUCCCAGCUCCGGGCUCCAUGCGGCAACUCUUUGGUUGCUUCUACCGACUUUUCAUUGCCUGCUCACUACUCACUAAUAUAGCUUACUCAACAUACGACGUACAUAUAGCAACUCCUGCUCCUGCUCCCACUCCCACUGACCCACCACUACCACCGCCAUUCAUCCACCAUAGACCCGAAAUGCACAGGAAUCCAAAAGCAGGCAAAUCCGCAAGCCGAACCCAAACGAAUUAAACUACAAACUUUCUAACUAAUUCAAGGUGUGUCGAACUAAUUAUAAGAUGAUUUUUUUUAGCUAAGCAAUGCAUUAACGAGUUAUAUUUAAAAGUAAUUAGAAACCAAACCAAAAGUGAAAAAACACACACAUGGAAACCAAUAAAAUACAUCACCUAUAUAUAUUUAAAUACGAGAAAAACAGCCAAACGAAAACUACAAGACGCAUGUUUAACAAAUUAUGCCAGACACAGCAAGAA